CCUUCGCCGGGGAAUGAGGGAAAAAUAAAGAGGGUGAUGUGGUCGGGAGCAAUACUAAAGACGUCAAACGCUGACGCUCGGACCAACUUGGGCGGAAAGCGGCGAAUCGACCGGAAGAACCUCAUCGCAUCCUGACCUCCGCUCCUACACGCUGUGCCCACUCGUUUCCCCUCCUCUCAUCUACCACCAAACACACAAUGGCUUCGGGUUUUGGUCUCAAUGGCGGUCCCUCCCGCUGCUACAACUUCUGGCAGGAAGUCCUCGGCUGCUACGUUGUCAACGCCGGCGACGGUGAAACCGGCAAGAAGAAGUGUAUGCCCGCUUUGGAGGAUUACUACGAGUGCCUGCACCACAGAAAAGAGGCUUUGCGAACAAUGAAGAUGCAGGCCGCCUACCGGAAGGCCGAAGCCGCACACCCCCGGGAGAACGCGCCCAAGGCCGAGCAGAUUCGCAGUUUGGGGCUGCUAGGGAAGGAAGAAGAGGCAUCGGCUUUUCUAACGAAGGCUUAAGGGGAUUUUGUGCACACUAGGGGUGCGGUUCUGUUUUCGUUGUUUUUACUACCACCACCAAUGUCGUGUUGUUAUUUCCCACUUGGAGUCCCUCAGUGUAUAGAAAUGGACAAGUCUAUUUGAUGCGCGCCGUUUCGACGAUCAUCGCAGUGUGUGAUGUCUGCUAGGAAUGCUGCGAAUCACCGCAACCCCGUGUUCCGGGACGACACGAAGAUCGCUUUGACUGCUACUGUUUAUUUCACUAUGUCGACUCGAUUUCCAUAGAUAAAAAAGUAGCAAGAAAGACCUACGUCAGUUAUCGUAUGGUAGUUUGUGGUGGAAUAUUACGACGGGAAGGGCUGUGUGAAGAUGUCAAGUCAAGUGCUGUGCUAUGGAAAGUAAAUACUCCGCAGAUGGAUUAUAUAUAAACUAAAUUAGGUGCCGUUUGAUUGGAGAA